AGAGGCGCCGGCCGACGGGGAGCCCAUGGUGCCGUGCGCGCAGGGCCGCGUGAUCGUGGAGACGGCGAGGCCGGCGCUGCCGUACUUCGCCACGUGCACCGGAUACCGUCGAGCAGUGGUGGUCAGCAGCGCGCCGAGCGAGAUCGCGGCGAGCGUCUCGGGCGCGUCGGCGAGCAUCGCGCAGAUCGACCGGCAGUCGUCGUCCUCGAGCGGCAUGGGCGCGAUCAGCAAGACCAUCCCGUUGCAGAGCACCGCGGCCAGGCCCGAGGAGCUGGGCGUCACGUCCUGGUUCCUCGAGGAUUACCCAAGCGUGGUCGACUCGUCGCCGGGGCCGACGGCCGACCGCGGCUCGUAUCCCUCCUACCUGUACGUGGACCUGGAGCCGUCGAACAGCAAGCAGGACGCGACGUCGACGCGGAACAGCAGCAUAGACAGCGAGCUGCCGAGGCCGUCGUACGUCAGCGCCACGCCGAGGAAAGCGUACAUGGACCUGCAAGACGCGAUCGCGCUGCUGGACGAGACCUGCCCGAACCAGGAACCCAGCCCGUCCCUCACGCCCAGGACGCCGAGGACGCCCCUGACCCCGCACCCCAGGAACAAGCGGGCGCGGUCGAAGAGCAGCGACAACUCCUCCAACUACAGCAACGACCGGCUCAGCGACCGCUCCUUCGAGUCCCGCGCGCAGGAGAAGGAGAAGCGGCGGCCGUUCCUCAAGAAGAUCGGCAUAUCGAAGACGGAGGACAAGCCGUUCCUCGCGAAGAUCGCGCCGAAGAUCAUCGGGAAGCCUUACCUGGAGAAGAUCGGGCCCAGCAAAGCGGUGGAGAGGCCGUUCUUGGACAAGAUCGGCUCCUCGAAGACUUUGGACAAAUUCACGUUCGAGACACCCAAGCACGACAGGAGGACGGUGGUCAGGAGCGAGACGCUCAAGGACGAGGGGAAGAGGAUCUCGAUCCCGGGACUGAGGAAGCUGGUGGGACAGAAGACGACGGAGGCGUUCGCCGCCGAGAGGAGGCGGUCCGGCAAGGGCACGCUCUUGAAGAUGUACUCGUUCGAGACCGAGGACCUGGAGUCCACCGUUCAGGCGAAGGACAACAGAGACCCGCUGCGCGGCGUGUCUCUGGACGACGUGCUGGACUCGGGGCCCAGCUCGCUGCCCCUGGAAUCCACCGCCGAAGAGGAGCCCCAGCAGGAGGCGAAGGAGAGGACCGUGAACGGCGCCGAGCUGCUCAAGUGUCGGGUGACCACCAGCGAGGAGAUCAUCUUCAGCAGCGCGAGCUUCGGCUCGGACAAGGAGCCGAACAGCUGGGGCAACUCGCCGAAGAAGAAGCGGCAGCCGAAGAAGGACGCCGCGACGCCCACGCACUCGAAGGCCGCGGGCUCGCAAGACGGCGACAGCGUGCCCAACUCGCCGACGAAGCGGCCGAUCGCGAACGUGUCGCCGGACCGACCCGACUCGCGGCCCGGCUCCCUGCAGAAGGCCGUCUGCUCGCCGCUGAAGACCAGGAGGCAGACCUACGAGGACAUACUGGAGAGGAACGGCAAGAGCGUCGACGAGCCGAAGCCGAGCAAGCAGGCGCAGUUCGAGCGGCGCGGGAUUUCCUCGGACGACCUGCUGUCGAAGGACAGAGCCUCCUGCGAGUACCAGGCGAGGGAUCGGAUGGAGAGAGGCAGGGAGACCACGUCGGAGGACUCGCUGGCCCACCGGAUCGGCCAGGAGUACACCAAGGAGACGUUCAAGCAGCUGCAGGACAAGUUCAAGCGCCACGAGGUGCCGACCGAAACCUACGCGGAGUUCAAGCGACGCACCCGGGGAAGCGUGCAGAGCAUAAUCGCCAGGCAGCACGAGAUGAAGGCCGAUCUAACGGAGACUCCGGACGACGGGUCGAAGGACGCUAAAGCUAGGUCGGAGGAGGCGUCGGAGGCUCCGUCGAAGGACGAGAAGGAGUCGAGCAGGUCGGACAGUGUGCGGAGCACCGUCAGGUCGGUGCUGAAGAAGCAGCAGGGCGUGGAUCAUCCCAGCGACCCGGAGGACGCCGCCGCUUCCGUCAGGCGGCCGAAGCGGUGGAUCAUUCACGAACCCUCGCAGGAGACCAUGGACUUGCUGACGGAGCUGAGGAAGGUGAAGAGCCAGCUGAGGACUCCGUCGCAGGACAGGGACCUGGAUCUCGACAAGAAGCCGGCGAGACAGCCCAGGCGCAUCCUCCUGACCGACAAGGAGUUCUGCCUGUCCGUCGAGAGGGAGAACAGCAUCAGGCGUCCGUCCAGGGUGUUGAAUUCGUUGGAGACGACGGAGGAAGGCAGCUUGGAGGCGAAGCAAGAAGAACCUGCGAAAGAGGAUGAGGAGAAGGGGAAAACGGAGGAAGCGGAAGGUAAGGUUCCUGGGCCAGCUCUGUUCGAGAAGAAGUGUCUCUCGCUGGACUACGCGGACGAAGAGAAGCCGCACAAGCCGGAGGCCAGAGCCAUCUCCUUGGCUUCCACCAGGAAUCUGCCGUCGGAGACCGAGGAGACCGCGGACUAUUCCGAUAUGGCGCUGAACUGCGACUCGAAGAGCUGCUCGUCGGACGUGUUCAACAGUCCGACCGAGGAGUACGCGGAAGUCGACAUCGCGAUCCCGAUCGAUCAGAAGGCGAACAGCCCGAAGAGCAGGGUUCAAGUGCAAGGGAGGACGAGCGACCUGUACGAGAUCAUAUCCCCGAGAUCGACGCCUUUCCGAAUGAAAAAGCGACUCGGCAAGAUCUCCGUCGAGGAGACCGUCAAACCGGAGAGUUUCACCCUAGGUUCGAAGGUCGACUGCCGAUCAGCCGUUGCACAGAAACGGACCAAGUGCUUCCCUUUAUAACGCAUGCCGACCUGCCGGUGGGCGAAACACUCUCUGUGACGGCGCUUGCCCGACUUUGCUCCGGGAGAAGUCUGGGCAGACGGUUGCGGGCGAAGUUUCACGCGGGAUUUUCUCUUGGUUCCUUUGCUAUUGUUAAUUCAUUGAAGAAUUUUUAAAGGAACUUGAGUUUAGGUGUCUGUUUCGUGAAUAAUUUAAUGAGGGAUCAUUGUUCGUACAGUCCAAGAUAAUUUGAUCGUUGAAUGUUGCAUUGAAUUUUAUAUUUGUUGGAGCUUCUAGAAUUCUAAUCAGCUUCCACUCGUGAAGAGAAGUCUGAAAGUUCAUUGACAUGUUUAUGAUGUCUGUUAGAAUAUUUGGAAUAUUGUUAAUAUCGUUAAUCGAGAUAUUUAUAAUAUUGUUAUUAAUCAGUUUACUGUGAAAGACGCAGUCUUACUACUCUUUCGAAAGCGUUUUUCUUUCAAGAUUCUAUCGCGGUAGUUCAAUUCUUCGUAAUUCGACGAUUACACCAAAACUGACGGGAUUCUAUUCGAAACGGAAGAAUUUUACACUUGAAAAAUUGGAAAAUAUUCUGAGAAGCACGCAACGAUACGCGUUCGCGCGAUCGAGAUGUCGAUACGGUGUCGUCCGGACGCGCGUUUACCUCCGCCCUCAGCUUCUAUCAGAGCGAAAACGGCAAUUAACAUUUGCAGCUCGCUCUUGGGGAUCAUCGUGCACGCUCCCUCAACCGAAUAGACCCUCCAACUUUCCAUUCACAGCGAAAUUUUCACCGCAACAUCAUCCGCAGAGAAAGAGAAGGAACGCGGCGCUGUCGAACAACCACGAACCGUCGCUUUUCUCGCGUGUACCGAUGAACAAUCAAUGAAUUUAGUCUCCUCCGUGCGAUCUUGGAGACGGGAACCGUACGCAACGGAGAAUUCGGUGCUGUUCGAAGGAAUCGAACGAUUUUAAACAGCGUUUAAGCGAUUCGAACCUCCUCCAGCUCGAGAAACGGAACAUCUUCCCUGCGAACGAUCGUUACUGCGUCCCCGAACGAGAGGGAACCGUUCGAUCGUGCUUCGAAUCGAUACAACCCGCAAGGUAUAUUCUAAAAAACGUAUCCCGACCACUUUUUAACCGACGUUUCGCGAUAGGAAACGGCUCGAAGAAGCUCGAUGGCCACUCCGAAAAAACGAUGUUCACGAUGUUAGUCGUUGAAGAUCCCUCGCGCAGGUCAACAUCCAUCAACGACGUGACUCCUCUCUGUCGAGCAGUGCCUUGUUCGUGGAUAUAUUUAUUUAAACGAAGUAAAAAUGCAAAAAAAAAGAUAAAAGAAAUCCUAUCAAAGAUAUUAUUAAUGAAAAAAAAAACGUGAAUAAUAAAAUUCCGACUACGGGCCGGAUUUUCUGAAUGGGUCCACGGAGUUGCGCUUUCGACGAUACGCGACUGACGGCGAUCUGGUCCUUGAAGGCUGUUUCGUAUGUGUCCGACCAUUGAAACGAUCCUGCUCCCUUGAAACGCAGACCAGAGACCGGAGUUGGGCACGGUUUCGUUCGAUGCACUCGUAGAAUUAUGAUCUACGGUGCUCGAUUUAUGUACUCGUCUUAUUUUACUCUUGUUUUAAUAAUUUUUCCUCUUUUGAUUGAUAUCUCGGAGAUUAGAAAUACAAGAAGUCACUGUAUUUUCAGUCUUAAACAUAUAUUUAUCGAAUUCUAUCGCGAAGAAUUAUUCUCUGCUGAAAUUUCAUUAACACUAGAAUUAGUGGUUUCGAUUUUUCUGAUUAGCAAUUAUUAUCUUCGAAGCAUUGAAUAUUCGAAAUGAUUUUGAAAAUAGUUUCAUUUCAGUACUAUAAUGAAUGUCUGAAGAAACUGAAAAUAAUCUAUUGUUACAAUUUUUAUAGGAAUCGCAUAUUAAUCGUAUUAAAUGCUCGGUAGUUCUAGUUAAUUAGACAAAAGUAGACGUACAAAAUUCAGAAAAAUGGUAAAUGCAUAGUACUAACAAUAAAGGCUGUCAAAGCGUCAGCUUGCAAUUCUAACUCGAUACCUUAUCUUUCAUUUAUAAUAAAUAAACUGAUAUUUACAAUGAAUUACUUUUAUUAGAAACAAACUUGUAUUAAAUAAUUCCAUUUAUAACUGACCAUAACAAAAUCAACGUUCUAUUUACUAUAUUCGAUUACUUAUAUUAUUACUUAUAUCACUAUAUUGGAAAUCAUUUGUAAAGAUAACCAAGUGCCCAUCUCUGCCGAAGACUAUAAUUACCGACGACCGAUGAUCUGUCCGAUGAACCUCUCGCGAUUUCCUCUACAUCCCCCGACCGACGAUUCCGAUCGUCCUCGUGUUCGUUAAUCCGACACGGGAAGCUACGAAACCCUCGAACAUUUCUCCGAUUCGACGAAAUCUGUCCCGAAGCGACCGGAAAGCAUGGAUCGAUGGAUCAAAGGGACGAUCGUGACGGAUACCCGAGGCUCACGAGAGUGCAACUCCCACGCUUGCCAAGCCUAUUCCCUGUUCGGCAAAGCGCGUGACGUUUUAAUGACACAGAAUAUAUAUAUACAUAUGUAUAUAUAUAUAUAUACAUACACGAAUAGAUAUAUGUAUAUAUACAUAUUAACGAUAACAGAUUGUUGCGUUCCUCUUAUAAUUUUUUAGAGGUAGAUAGGAUCGAUAACGCACUUCACGGAGUAACACAGAAAGUAAGUAACGAUUAACGCGAAUGUGCAGGGUGAUCACGAAAAGUGAGCGAACGAAGUACCGAUAGUGAUUCUAUAUUUUUUACAAAAAUUAUCCACAGGAGAUCCUCCGGAAAAAUUGUAUAAAAAUAUUUCUCGCUGAUUUCUCUUAUUUCUUGUCGAAGAAACAUUCGAAGCCUGGCAAGCUUUCUCACGAACCACCCUGUACGUUACAUAUGUAUAGAGUGCCUGAUAUGUUUUGCAUCGCUUCCGAAUUAUAUUCGCGAUCCUUGGCUGAGAAUGAGUAUGUUGACAAAGUCACUUUGUCCCGUAAGUAAGUUGAAAGUAUAAAAACGAACGUCGCUGCGGUGUUCGCGAAAAUUUCAAUUUUAACCCUUUGAGUGCUGUGGGCGUAUAUGUGCGUCCUCCCUUUUUAAUUUCACAGGUGUUAUGGCGACAAUUAUAAGCGUACGUUUCUUGGCACCAUUGAAUUUCAUGAAACUAAGGAAUCACGGUAACAAUUUAGUUACAACUUACUUAAUUACACGAAUCAACAUGAUUUACCAAUUCUCAGAUGAACAGCAAAAUAUUCCGUCCACGCGGAACGUUUUGGCUAGAAUUAUUCAGCACCCAAAGGGUUAUGUCCGUUCGUUAGGUGACUUUCUUCAGUCUGUUUUUAUUCGCGAAUCUAUUAGCGAAGUUUGUAGGAACUUCUCGGACACUCUGUAGACAAAUGUAUACAGAGUGAUCCGGCACUGUUGCAACGAGAACGAGACGAAACCGAACGAAACCAUAGAACGGAAUUGUUUCUCGUUAAGCUUCGUUUUCACGACGGCUGAAGGUGUCGAAGGGAAAUCUUCAUUUAAUUGAUCUUGAUAAAUGCGGCAGCUUGUACCAAGAAUUGUUGGGACACCCUGUAUACGCGAGGAAAAGUACACAACACACUGUCGUUACACGGAUGAAACAUUUGUACGUAUUCUAUGACUAUUAGAGACUAAAGCGAGUUGGUAUAUACAUAUAUAUAUUAUAUCAUAUAGUAUAUUAUGUAUAUUUAUACAUACACACGCGUAUACUCGGCGUGUGUGUAUUAAUACCUAGACAGGUAUAUUGUACGGAUCCUGUGGUUGACGAAAUGUGCCAAACAAAGAUACGAUUUAUUGUAUGUUAACGAGCUACGUUUGUUGUAAGGCGUACAGGCUGUUCAGGGAACACGUGGCCCCAUUCAACGCUGCGUACUUCUUGGACACCCUUUACCGAUGUACCUAUAGAGAGGGCGGACGCGGGUGUGCGACAUCGCAAGCCGAGGAUGGCAAAAUAGUGUGUUAAGCAUAGAAAAACGUCCGACGAUGAAACGUUCCACAAAGUGGCGUGUCGUUUUCUAUAACUGAUAUACCGGGUGAGCCGUGCGUCGCGAUCGGGACGAGUAUUCUCGCUGCUGUCGAUGAGGAAGAAGUAUCUAGUAUCAACCCUUUGCACUCGAAAGGUGACUCUCACUCACCACUUGAUUUGAUUUGCAGAAUUUUAAAGUCUUAUAUAUAAUAUUAACCAUUUGCACUCGAGAGGUGACUCUCGCUCACCACUUGAUUUCAUACAGUAAAACUAUAAAAUUUGAUAUUCAAUAUUAUAUUUCCUAUAAUGCAUCAUUUUGAGAAAUAGUCGACUUAGUUUCACAAAAUGUCGAUUUUAUCUGAUCAGAAAAUGUGAGAAUAUUUCUAGUGAAAAACUUUCGAGUGUAAAGAGUUAAGUUUUGUAUGAUGCAUCGAUAUAUGGAAUAUUGAAAUAAAAUAACUUUCCUCCUUAAUUUAUAUACGUUUCCUCGUUAAUUAGUUUCAAAGAACAUGGUCUGUAUCUCAUCGAAGAAUAUUGAAUAUUUCUAGUGGAAAACUUUCGAGUGCAAAGGGUUAAGUUUCUAUCAGAAACUCCACUUAGCAAUCUAUUUACCUCGAUUUACCAACCGGAUAAAAUGAUAAAAGAAUUUUUCUCCUGUUUUAUAAUGCUAGACACAAUUUUCAUGGAAAAAAAUUCAAACUGUCUUUUCUAUUUUCUGAUCUAGUUUUAAAAUACUUUUCAGUGUUUCCUAUUUAAGUGGAAUGUUGCAUUGCGUACCGGUAACGAGAAAUCUCGUUUUUAUAAGACACUUAGCUAUGAAACUUCGCUAAUUACAGCAUUGAAGAAAUAUAAAAUUUAAUUCGAAUCGAUUAUCUAUUUAAAACAUAUUACAUAACAAUAUGACAUCUGAGUUUCUCUAUGUACAUUGAUAUAAGUUGACCUCAGCGAAAAUUGCCGUCACAAUUCAGUUUUCUGAAAAUUAUCCGGCACGCAAUGUGUCAAGGAAUCUAUUAUAAAAUAUAUAAUUUAAUUCGAAUCGAUUAUCUAUUUAAAACAUAUUACACAACAAUAUGACAUCUGAGUUUCUCUAUGUACAUUGAUAUAAGUUGACCUCAG